ACAGGACUGCCCUACUUGUACUCCGCAUAUCGAAGUGUUAGCUCAGCUUCCCCUUGUGAAUCCCCAAAUUACUCGAGAGAGAAAAACAAAAUGCAGAGAUGGUUUGGCAAAAUUCGUCAAUUCACAGCAUCUUCUUCAACCAAAAAUCUUUUAUCUGCCAAUAAGACCUUUCUCAAUUCAUCGCCACAGUUACAGAAACCAGUUCCGCUCCUUAUUAAUAACUCGAUUUUUAAGUCCGUUCUAAAUGCUCCUUCAAGAACUCAAACCCUGGAUUUAGCGUGUAAAUCUUUCAUCACUAACCCACUGUCAUUGAAUCAGAGUCGACAUUUUUCUUCUAAGGAGAGGAAGAGAAAACCCGGAACUCCAGAAAUUUCUAAGUUGAAGAAAUACAAAAUGAAACCUUACUCAUCAUUUAAAAUGAGAUUUAGGGUUAUGAAUGAUGGACAAAUUCGACGCUGGCGAUCAGGAAAACGGCACAACGCACACUUGAAGUCGAAGAUAUCAAAGAGAAGACUCAGGCUACCAGCUCUUGUCCACCCUGCUUACGCCACUACAAUGAAGAAACUCAACUUUAUGUCAUGUUGAGGGUGUGCGACUUAAAGACUCCCCAGUUCCUGGUACAAGAUGGAUGUUAUCCUUUCUGGUUUCGGAGUUUUUUCAAAUAUUCAGAAGACCCAGACAUCAAACUUGAGAAAAUCAUAUGGAUGUGUGUUUUUCUACUCUUAGAAAAUUUUGGGGUCUCAGGAUUUUAUUUAAAAACAGAUGUCAGAUGACUUUUUACUCAGCAUUAGAUCCUUGUUUAUUAGAAUGUCUUUUUGAGGUGAACUGGAAAUGGAGAAGCUGAAGAGUUACGGUAGAACCGUAGAAGAAGCUGCUCUUCUCUGACCACCACUCUGCUCGAAGUGCGACUGUGGCGAGAUACCUUUAUGGUUCCUAUUUAGAGAAUAUAGCCUCCCGUGGCAUAGACCUAUGGAUAUCGCAAUCCUUAUAAAAAUAGUUGGGUCGCCUGACUUAUCUUACUUCAAUUCCUAAGAGUCGGUCCUUCAGCAGUCUGUGCUUGAGGGUGCAGACGAGGUUUACCUACAUGUAAUGCCCGAGAAAAUGUUUACAAAAAGUCAAUUUCCACCA